AUGUGUUCUUCAUUCCCAAUUAUAUCCAGGCGUAUGUUUCCGACAAUGAAACUAAGCGUUAGUGGAUGUGAUUCAGAUGCACUGUAUUAUGUAUUUCUUGAUGUUGUUCCUGUGGAUAAUAAACGAUAUCGUUACAUCUACAAUAAAUCGUCAUGGUUAACAGCUGGUAAAGCCGAACCGACACCUCGUAAUCGACUGUAUAUGCAUCCAGAUUCACCAUUUACUGGCCAACAGCUGAUCAAACAGGUUAUCUCAUUCGAAAAGGCUAAACUUACCAACAAUGAAGUGGAUAAAGCCGGUCAUCUGAUACUAAAUUCAAUGCAUAAAUAUCAGCCAAGAGUACAUAUUGUAAGACGACGACGUGAUAAACCAUUGGAACAGACAGUUUCGUUUGACCUACAAAAUGAAGAAUAUAAAACGUUCCAGUUUCCGGAAACACAAUUUAUGGCUGUUACAGCAUAUCAGAAUCAAUUGAUCACAAAGUUAAAGAUUGAAAAAAAUCCAUUUGCUAAAGGUUUUCGUGAUCCCAGUGGACGAUCACCAGAAUACGACGUUGAUUCUAGGCCUGAUGCCGGUUCUUUGUUGGUACCAUCAAUCUAUUCACCAGCUAUAUUACAACAGGCACUUUUCAAUCAAUGUAAAUUGGAUGAGUAA